AUGGAGAGACAAAGAAGGUUCAUGUCAGGGAAGGAUGAGUAUCAGUUUCAACAUCAGGGAGCUGUGGAGCUGCUUGUCUUUAAUUUUUUGCUCAUUCUUACAAUUUUGACAAUUUGGUUAUUUAAAAACCAUCGAUUUCGCUUCUUGCAUGAAACUGGAGGAGCAAUGGUAUAUGGCCUCAUAAUGGGAUUAAUUUUACGAUACGCUACAGCACCAACUGAUAUUGAAAGUGGAACUGUCUAUGAUUGUGGAAAACUGGCCUUUAGUCCAUCUACUCUGCUGAUCAAUAUCACUGACCAAGUUUAUGAAUAUAAAUACAAGAGGGAAAUAAGCCAGCACAACAUCAGUCCUCACCAAGGCAAUGCUAUACUUGAAAAGAUGACAUUUGAUCCAGAAAUAUUCUUCAAUGUUUUACUGCCACCGAUUAUAUUCCAUGCAGGAUAUAGUCUAAAGAAGAAACACUUUUUUCAAAACCUAGGAUCUAUUUUAACAUAUGCCUUCUUGGGAACUGCCAUUUCCUAUAUUGUUAUAGGGUUAAUUAUGUAUGGUUUUGUGAAGGCUAUGAUAUAUGCUGGACAGCUGAAAAACGGAGACUUUCAUUUCACUGACUGCUUGUUUUUUGGUUCACUGAUGUCUGCUACAGAUCCAGUGACGGUGUUGGCCAUUUUCCAUGAACUGCACGUUGACCCAGAUCUCUACACACUCUUAUUUGGGGAGAGUGUUUUGAAUGAUGCAGUGGCCAUAGUUCUUACAUAUUCAAUAUCCAUUUACAGUCCCAAGGAGAAUCCAAAUGUGUUUGACGCUGCAGCAUUCUUCCAGUCUGUGGGGAAUUUCUUGGGGAUCUUUGCCGGCUCAUUUGCAAUGGGAUCUGCAUAUGCUGUUGUCACAGCACUGUUGACCAAAUUUACCAAGCUGUGUGAGUUCCCAAUGCUGGAAACAGGCCUCUUUUUCCUCUUGUCUUGGAGCGCCUUUCUGUCUGCGGAGGCUGCCAGCCUAACAGGGAUAGUUGCUGUUCUGUUCUGUGGAGUAACACAGGCACAUUAUACCUACAACAAUCUGUCAUCAGAUUCCAAAAUGAGGACUAAACAGUUGUUUGAAUUUAUGAACUUUUUGGCUGAGAACGUCAUCUUCUGUUACAUGGGCCUGGCGCUGUUCACGUUCCAGAAUCACAUCUUUAAUGUUCUUUUUAUACUUGGAGGCUUUCUAGCAAUUUUGGUUGCCAGAGCCUGCAACAUAUAUCCCCUCUCUUUCUUCUUGAAUCUGGGCCGAAAACAAAAGAUUCCCUGUAACUUUCAGCACAUGAUGAUGUUUUCAGGUUUGCGAGGAGCAAUAGCAUUUGCCUUAGCUAUUCGGGACACAGAAUCUCAGCCCAAACAAAUGAUGUUUACCACCACGCUGCUCAUUGUGUUCUUCACUGUCUGGGUAUUUGGAGGAGGAACGACACCCAUGCUGACUUGGCUUCAGAUCAGAGUUGGUGUGGACCCAGAUGAAGAUGUGAAGGGGGAGCCCUCCUCACACCAGGAAGCAAAUGGCUUUGAUAAAAGCAGGACAAAAGCAGAGAGUGCUUGGCUCUUCAGAAUGUGGUAUGGCUUUGACCACAAAUACCUGAAACCAAUUUUAACACAUUCUGGGCCUCCACUGACCACCACGUUACCAGAAUGGUGCAGUCCAAUUUCCAGGCUGCUUACCAGUCCACAGGCCUACGGGGAACAUCCAAAAGAGGAUGAUUUGGAAUGCAUUGUCAAUCAGGAUGAACUAGCCAUGAGUUACCAGGAGCAAGCUUCCUCACCCUGCAGUCCUCCCAUAAGGUCAGGGCUGGACCCAGACACUUCACCCCAGACUCCAAGCAAGGAAAACAUUUAUGAGGGGGACCUCGGCCUGGGAGGCUAUGAACUCAAGCUUGAGCAAACUCCUGGUCAAUCCCCACUGAAUUAA